AUGACACCACUGGUAAGCAAGAAGAUGGACCAAUUUCUGGACACGCAGAAUCCUCCCAUCCUUUGCAAGAUGCUCCUCAGGAGAACCGGCCCGUCAGCAACGAAGACCGAGAGAUGUCGCAGCACGCCCUUCCAAGUGGUGAAGACGAUGAGGAUGACAGCGACAGCGACAGUGAUGACGACGACGUGAAAGUGACUAUUGGCAACAUUAAAACGGGAGCGCCGUCGUACAUGGGAACUCCUAUGAAUCUAAACUUAAAAACGGGUAGAGGCUAUGGAGCAUCUGCUUCAGCCAAGUUGCAGCCCAAAGGUAUUGACUUAGAUGCUGCAGGGAAUAUAAAUGGAUUGCCUGUUAUAGAAGUGGAUUUAGAUUCAUUUGAAGACAAGCCAUGGAGGAAACCAGGUGCUGAUCUUUCCGAUUACUUUAAUUACGGAUUCAAUGAAGAAACAUGGAAGGCUUAUUGUGAAAAGCAGCGGCGGCUUCAGCUUGGGCUGGAUCCUGCUCCUCCCAUCAGCACUGAAAAUAAGAUCACAGUUCAGCAAGGGAGGACGGGAAAUGCUGAAAAAGAAGUGGAGAACAACAUCAUCAAAACAGAAUUCAAAACAGACUUCUUGGCUCUGGUGGGAGGACGCAUGAAGGCUGGCCCUCCUCCUAAUAGGAAGCUGGGUGGGACAAUUGAUGUGAUCGGCGGCCAGGCAGGCACAAUUAGGAGAGUAGAAGGAAGACGUCGUGACAAGCACGCCUCCGAGGAAAACCCAAUUCAGGUCCUUGGAGACCACGGAAGUAAGCCACAACCCCCACAGCAGCCCCAGCAGCCAUCACAGCCCCAACAGCCACCUCAGCAACAGCCGUUUGCACCACCAGCAGGCCCACCGCCUCCCCCGCUCGCUGGGCCACCUCCACCACACUUCCUCCACCCUCCUCCACCAGUUACUUCUGUUCCACCUCCCCUGCAUCCUCCAGGUCUGCCACCACCAGGUCCUAUUCCAGGGUUGUUCCCGCCUCCUCUGGCACCACCACCAGCUCUCCUCAUUCCAACCUUGGAUGGCCAGCCAGCCAGCUACAACAACAGGCAGCCUCCUCCGUUUGGCUACAACUCUGCGGAUUCAGGUUUCAUCAGCUACCCACCCAUCUCCACGUCCCACACGCCCUGGGUGACAACGGUGGACAAAGGCACAAGCAGUUCCAGCAGCAGCCAUUGGGAGUACUCGGGCUCAAGGCGUGAGAGGGAGCGGGAACGUGAGCGGGAAAGAGAAAGGGAGCGAGACAGAGACCGCACUCCGACCACGAGUGAAUACAACAAUGACGACGAACGAUACCGCUACUACAGCCGAGAGCGCAGCUACGACUUUGAGCGGGACUACCGCCGGAGUCGGGAUCGCAGCAGGGAGCGCGAGGACCGUCACCGAGAGCGCAGGCACAGAGACAAAGAGGAGAGCAGCAAGCAUAAAUCUUCGAGGCGCAAGCAGCACGAGAGCGAGGAGGGGGAGAGUCACCGGCGUCACAAGCACAAAAAGAACAAGCGCAGCAAAGAGGAGAAGGAGGCCAGUGAAGACGGUGCCCAGGAGGGAGAGGAGCAGGAUGCCAAGGAGUAA